AACGAGAUAUUUACAGAAUGCAUACACUGUAGUCGUCCCCUCUCUCUCUCUCUCAUCUACUGCAAAAAAAUCACCACCACUACCUCCACCGCCUCCGCUUCCCGCAUGCGAAAUUGGCCUUCUCUCCUGCUCUAUCACCGUGAUCUCCGCUGAAACCUACCUCCGUAGCACCAGAGGUCGCCGGCUGCGGAUUGACUUCGUUUCAGGGGCCUGCUGCCCCCGGACACCUGUUGUUUACGCUAGGGCUCUUCCCACUGUUCCACUGUCGGUUUUUGCUCAGAAUUAGGUGGAAAUAAGUUGGAAUCGGAGGUGAAUGGCUCCGGGGCGCAGGCGCGGAGCGAAGGGGGUUAAGGCGAUGAGCGAAUUGAGUUUGGGCGAUCUCGUUCUCGCCAAAGUUAAGGGUUUCCCCGCUUGGCCUGCCAAGGUAGGCCCUGAUGUGCUUAGUAAAAAAGCUUCUUCCAGAGCCAUCUUGUUGACGACCACAUGUAUUAUAUACUAGCAUCCAGUUGUUGGUCCUGCCACUAUUCAAGAUCAGCAGACCUGAAGACUGGCAGCGUGCUUCCGAUCCUAAAAAAUGCUUCGUCCAGUUCUUUGGUACCGCAGAAAUAUAUUCACCAAUGAAGCGAAAAAUAAACUGUCUGCUCGAUGCCUGGGUAAGACAGUUAAAUACUUCGCCCAAGCAGUGAAGGACAUAUGUGAGGAAUUUGAAGAGUUGCAGCGAAAAAAUUUUAGUGGUGUGAGAGAUGAUGACAGUACACAAACUAAUUCACCUGAGGCACAUUCUGUUGAUUCAGUGGUAGAUGAGGUCUUGGAUGUUAAUCGAAAUAAUGGGAUUGCGCCAGAAUGCAAGUUGGAAACUAAAGAGUCUGAUGACCCGGACUCUGGUUUAGAGCAUCAUUUGCACAAGCAAGAUGAGGUGGAAUGUCUAGACGUGAAGCCUUAUUUGUCAAAUGAGGUGAAUUGUAGGUUGUCCCCUCCUGUAUCUUUGCGUAAGAACAAUAAGCUCUCUUCAAACCACAACAAUGUUGUAAAGGAUUCACUAUCAGUGUCUAGCCCUUCACACCACUCCCUUAAGAAGGAAGAUUCUCUUGAUAGCAAUGUAAAGGGCAGAUUAACUGAUGGUAGCCAGAAUGAAUUGACAAAUGGACACAGACCAAAGCUGGCAAUGGGCUCAAAGAAAAAAUCUCCAGGUGCAGUACUUAGAAGUGGUGGAUCAGCUGUUCCUCAUGAUCAUAAGGGGGAAGUGAUGAGAAGAAAAAUUGCUUCAGGUGACAGCAUGAAGCUUUCAUCGCCUGAUAUUCCAAAAUUACAUUUAGAGGUCAGUAGUCAAAAGAGGGAAAAAAGGUUGCUGAAAGAAGAAAGGCAAUCUGAGGCAGUACAUGGUGUCCAACAGGAUGCUAAAGUAAACUUUGAGUCACAUGGUGAUGUUAAUCCCCGGAAAAAGAUGAAGGUCCAACAUGGUAGUGAAAAGAAAGGGUCUCAUACAAAUGAAAUAUCAUCUCCUGCCAAAAUAUCAAAACCUGCUGAUACUGGAAAGGAUGCUAACUUGAUAAAAGCUCAAAUAAACGGCAAAAGUUAUUCUAGAGGUCCUAAUAAUGCCCUUGAUGACAAAAUGGCUGGUAAAGAUCCUAAAAGGUUUACAUCAGUUGGGAAGGCUGAGGUCUUGCCCAUUAGACCGCCAAUUGUUAGUAACACUGAAUUCGACAACGAUCUCCCCCGAAUAAAGCGUCAUCAGCGGGAACCGGAAACAAUGUCAGGCGCUGCCUUGAUUUCUGAAAAUAGACCGGGGACUUCUGUAUCACAUAAGACUGACUUAAUAGUUUCUAAUCCUAACAAAGUCAUAUCUCCAGUUGUGCAGCUACCAUUGAAGCGUAGAUCUGUCCGCAUAUGUGGUGAUGAUGAUGAUGAGUUGCCUAAAACUCCAGUUCACGGAGGAACUAAUAAGGUGUCUUUAACUCCACGAAUGUCAGAUUCAAAAAGGAAAUCUGUAACGCAUUGUGAGAAACCUGUCCAUGAGUCACAGGUGUUAAGAAAUUCAAGAGAAGUUGAUAAUGUGUUAAAGGAACAGGUACAGUUUAAUCGGGCAAUGAAUAAGCUGUUAUCUCCUGCUGCUCAACAAGGUAUGGAGAAGAGAACACGAGAGUCAUCAGCUGCACAUGUAUCUCCUAGUCCUCAGAAGCUGGACUCUGAGAAGUUAACCCCGAUGGAGGUUAAACUAAUUCCAGUUUCUCCUAAAAGGUCCUCCCAGCCUGUUGGUGGUGAGAGAGUAUCAGGAGAACUGGAAAGCACGCAACCCAACAAGGCACCUAGUAAUGAUUUUAGGAAAAAAACUCCAGCAGGAAGUGAAAAGAAUGCAGCAUCGUCUGAUAGGUCAAACGCAUAUCCUAAUCAAUUGCUAAGUGAAAGAAGCAAGCAACCAUAUUCUGGGGAGAAAAAGAAUACUACUCUAAAAUUGGAUUCACGGAUCAAUGACUCUGUGCUUGGGACUUCAAAAGAAAACAUCAUGUCAGUUCAGGAAAGGCUGAGUGUUAGCAAGGCCCACAAAACAAGUCACGCGGUUGACUCAAAAACUUCAGACUCCGUCUCGUCAAUGAAACAUCUUAUUGCUGCUGCUCAGGCAAGAAAGAAACAGACACACUUUCAGAAUACUUACGGAAACCCUUUUCUUUUUUCUAUUCCUGACACUGAGAUGGCUGGACGGGGACCACGUCCUGCACCUACUGCUCUGGCAUAUGAAGCAAGCAACACACUCCAGCUGGAUGUUUUAGAAGCUCCUCCCAGGUCUCCUUGCUCCAGUCUUCAUCAAAUCCAAUCUGAUAAUGCACAUGAGAAUGAUGAACUUGAGGAGAGGAGGGUAAGCUCUGGUCAUCAGGGCACUGGGAGCUCUUUAAGUGGGGGUACUGAGGCAUCUGUUGCUCGUGAUGCAUUUGAAGGGAUGAUAGAGACACUCUCAAGGACCAAAGAGAGUAUUGCACGCGCAACUCGACUUGCAAUUGAUUGUGCGAAGUAUGGGCUUGCCAAUGAGGUUGUGGAACUUCUUAUACAGAAGUUAGAAAAUGAGCCAAGUUUACAUCGCAGAGUGGAUCUUUUUUUCCUUGUUGACUCAAUUACCCAGUGCUCUCACACCCAGAGAGGGGCCUCAUAUGUCUCUACCGUUCAAGCUGUGUUGCCCCGCCUCAUUGGAGCCGCUGCUCCUGCCGGUGCAGGUGCUCAGGAAAAUCGUCAUCAGUGUCGUAAGGUCCUGCGCUUGUGGCUCGAGAGGAAAAUCUUGCCUGAAUCCGUUCUUCGCCUCUACAUGGAUGGCUUUGGAGUUGUAAAUGAUGAUAUGUCGAUCCCACUAAGACGCCCUUCCCGAGCUGAACGAUCUAUUGAUGAUCCUAUUAGAGAAAUGGAAGGCAUGGUUGUUGAUGAAUAUGGAAGCAAUGCAUUGUUUCAGUUACCUGGAUUUCUGUCAACAAGUGUGUUUGAAGAAGAGGAAGAUGGGGAUGCUUCUGAUACAAGUUUAUGCCUGAAAGAUGAUGGCGCAUCACCUUCCAAACAUACACCUGCUACAGACAGAGAUCAUGAGAAUCAUUCUGUUACUCCUAGUGACAGGCGCCAUUGCAUAUUGGAGGAUGUUGAUGGUGAGCUUGAAAUGGAAGAUGUUUCUGGACACCAAAAGGAUGAGAGAUCAUUGAUGACCAAUGGCUCUAUUGAGGCUGCGUCAUUGGAGCUCGAUCUAGAUGAUGGCGGGCAUGAAUCAUCUUCAAACACCUCCACUGAAUGGCUUCCUUCUCCUGAGGGAUCUCCUCCGCUACCAGCUGGAUCUCCACCUAUGACUCCACCUUUGCCAACUUCACCACCUCCGUCAUCACCACCUCCACUUCCGCCUCCAUCUUCUCCCCCACCUCCACCUCCUCCUCCACCCACCUCACACCAACAUCCUUUUCCACAACCACCUGUUGGCUCAACUCCACCUGUUGGACCUCCAUCAAGACCUACUGGUCCUUCUCCUUCUAUUGGACCUCCACUGAGACCUGCCGGUUCCUCUCCACCUGUUGGACCUCCUCCCCCACAUAUUCAUCCUCCACCCCCACCUUUUGGACAUCAUCCUCCACCCUUUGGGCCCCCACCCCAUCUGGGUCCUUCUGCACCUUUAGUUUCCCAGCAAGCAUUUCCUUGUCAGCCUCCAUUGGUUUCCCAUAACAAGACUCCACUUUCUCCACGAUCAUCUUAUCGACCUCAUCCUUUACCACAUGAAGUUGGUGCCACAUCCACUGUAAAUCAACACACCCGUAUUGUUUCUACUACUCAUGGCCCUCAUAUGGAUGCAUCUAUUAAAGGGGAAGUACCGCCGCAUCAAUCAUCUUGUUUUCCUCCUUUUGGGGUCAGCAUUGCACAAGAACGUGUUGUCUAUAAUUCGUCAAGGCAUGUGAAAUAUGGAGAGGAUGAAACUUUAAUGAAUCCCCAAGCUUCACAGCAUAGGCAGCAGUAUCUGCCUGGUAGUGUGCCUUUCGCACAAAGGCCUGUGCGUCCUGAACUCCCAUCUCAACGACAACCUAGCCAUUUUGCCCAUCCAAAUUCAGCUCAACAACAUCAAUACCCCUCUUAUUCAUUACCAAACGUUGCCGAUGGUCCAAGGCGAUAUAUAACUGAUGAGCAAUGGCGGAAGCAAGGAAAUGACUUCAAUAUGGAUCAUCCUCGCAGUGGGUGGAUGCCAGGAGGACGGUUGUGUUCAGGCCCAUCUCAUUCUCGAGCAGGUUACCAUGAACGGUCUCCUUCAAGUUCCAUAAAUUAUCAGCACUCUGCCCCAAAUAGUCUACCUCCGUCUGGUCAAAUGCCAGUUCAUGGCGCUCCAAUGAUGGCGUCUGCACCAAACAUACCUGACAUCAACUGGAGGCCAGCUUAGACUUAUUCUGACUCAUGACUAUUGUCUCGUUUGGAGUCUGUUGCAAAUGGAAGUACGAGUAAAUUAGUUGAAAUCCGACAGCACAGAAAGAUGCAUCAUCCUGGAAAAUCCUUGAAUGGACAAAGGAUAGAGAACUAUUGUUGCCGGAGGAGGUAGUUUUUAGCCAUCAUGAGCAGAAUUUUUUUGGUACCAUAGAGGAAGGUUUACUUAAGUUAGUACAUGUGCUUGGUGUAUGGGCAUCAGUGUGCUCCAACAGAGAGGUUGUUUUCAAUCAGGAUAGAAUGGAAUUGGUGGGAAGCUAUCGCAAAAUCUUCACGGGACUGAUUACUAGAAACAUUCCUGACAACAAACAUUCAAGGGUGCACUACUAAUCUGUAAGCCCUUUUUACUUGCUAUCCCAAUGCUUGUAAUUAUACAAUACAUCUAUGAAGUAAAUCAGUUGCUAGUAGAGUGUUAAAAGGCCUGCUAA